CAAGAGGAGUGAGUGGAAGCAACGGGAUGGAGGAGGAGGAGUACGGCUCAGGUGAAGGUGGAGAGAUCACUAAGAAGGCACUGGGCAAGUGCAGGAGAACAAAGAGGAGACCUUUCAGCUGGAAAGACCCGAGCAAGUGGUCAUCUGUAAACUAUCACUGGAACGAGCCAAAGGGGGAUUUUUCCAGUGCUAUGAGAUGGGACUGACGUCAGGGGGUCUCCAAACACCAGGAGGCCAUUGUGAAAACCAGCCAGGAAAGGCAAGCAAACAGGCCUUCCUUUAUGAGGAAGGCAACACUGACUUACAUAACAGCACCUUUCAGAAUGACUUCACCACAUUUAAGAUGAAUGAGGAGCAGACAAAGAAUGGGGGCUUUGAACAGCUUAACAACAGUCAUGCCAUGCAAAUAGCUAUUAAGCCAUACAGAUGCUUGUACUGCGGGAAGACUUCCAAUUGCAAAGCUAACUUCAUCAAGCAUGAGCAGCGCCAUACUGGGAAGAAACCCCAUGCGUGCCUAGACUGUGGCAAAAGCUUCAGCCGGAAGUCGGCCCUCAUCAGGCACAGGAGGAUGCACACGGGAGAGAAACCAUACGAGUGUGGUCAGUGUGGGAGGCGCUUCAGCCUCCGGUUCAACUUUAACACUCACAAAAGAAUACACACAGGGGAAAAGCCCUACAAUUGCUCUGACUGUGGGAAGAGCUUCACCCGGAGGCAGCAGCUCAAUGUUCUCAGGAGGACCCAUACGGGAGUGACCCCAUACCAAUGCUCCCAGUGCAGGAAAUACUUCACACGGUGCUCUUCCCUCCGGAUACACGAGAGAAUCCACACAGGAGAGAAAACACACAGGUGUACUGAUUGCGGGAAAAGCUUCACUUAUCAAGGAUCCCUUCGUGUACACAAAAGGAUUCAUACAGGAGAGGGAAAUUAUAAGUGCUUGUCAUGUGAGCAAAGGUUUCUUAAUUGGAGUGAUCUUCAUAGACAUGAGAAAAUCCAUGCAGGGGUGAAUCCAUCAGAAUACUAAGAUGAUGAGAGAGCCCGCACCUUUGGUACCGAUUGCAGCUCUCCUGCCCAGAGGUAGAGGGAGGUUGCUCGAAAAGCUAAUAUUUUGUUUAAAUGUUCGCUUUUCUAAAAUAUUCAUAGAAAGGUUAACAUGCAAGUAAACCACAGAUGUGAAACCACAAAAAUGUGUAAAAUUGUUAUGAGAUAUUGAAGAUGGUUGGUGCACCUCCUCUCUGAAGAUAUGCUAAAGCUUUGGGCUAGGCUAAAAAAAGGCAACUUAAGGAGGGCAACAUGGCAGAGAUUUUUAAGUGAUGCAUGGUAUGGAAAAGUUUAAUAAAGAGGUGGU